AUAUUAUAGAAAACAACACAACUGCUGCUCUCCUGAGGACUUUCUUUUUUCUUGAGUGCCCUCCUUGUCUGCCCACACGCACAUACGCACACACUUCGUGUACACUAUAGAGUUAGACAGACUUUGUCCUGCAGCCUUCGUUGACUUGGAUAGUCUAUCAUCCAUUCUUUUCCGCCGUUUCAAGAUCCUUCUGUGUUCUUGAGACUUGAGGCUUCUUCCCCGCCUUCGAAUAGAAACCAUCCCAAAAUAACCACGGGACAAAAUGUGUGCGGACAUUAACGUCGACGUUCUCGUUAUCGGCGCUGGACCGACUGGUCUCGGUGCUGCGAAGCGCCUCCACCAGCUAAAUGGACCUUCGUGGUUGAUUAUUGACUCCAACGAGAAGGCUGGUGGUCUAGCUUCUACUGAUGUUACACCUGAGGGUUUCCUCUACGAUGUUGGUGGUCACGUCAUCUUCUCCCACUACAAGUACUUCGACGACUGCAUUGACGAGGCACUCCCUAAGGAGGAUGACUGGUACACUCACCAACGUAUCUCCUACGUCCGCUACAAGAAUCUUUGGGUCCCUUACCCCUUCCAGAACAACAUCUCCAUGUUGCCUAAGGAGGACCAAGUCACAGCUCUUGAUGGUCUAAUUGACGCUUCUCUUGAGGUGCGCGUUGCCAACACGAAGCCCAAGGACUUCGACGAGUGGAUUAUGCGCAUGACUGGUGCUGGUAUUGCCGACAUGUUCAUGAGACCCUACAACUACAAGGUCUGGGCUGUUCCCACCACCAAGAUGCAAUGUCAAUGGUUAGGUGAGCGUGUCGCCGCCCCUGACGUCAAGAAUGUUGUGAAGAACGUUGUUCUUAAUAAGGUUGCCGGAAACUGGGGUCCCAACGCGACUUUCCGCUUCCCUGCUCGUGAUGGUACUGGUGGUAUCUGGAUUGCCGUCGCGAACACUCUUCCCGACGAGAAGAAGCGAUUCGGCAAGAAGGGAGAAGUCACCAAGGUUGACGCCAACAAGAAGGUUGUCACCCUUAAGGAUGGCACAACUAUCGGCUACGACAAGCUCGUCUCCACGAUGAACGUCGACCAAUUAGUUGAGUCUAUUGGCAACCAAGAGCUAGUCACCCUGAGCAAGGGCCUAUUCUACUCUUCCACUCAUGUUAUCGGUGUUGGUCUCCGAGGUGCGCGACCCGAGCGCAUUGGUGACAAGUGCUGGCUUUACUUCCCUGAGGACAACUGCCCAUUUUACCGAGCCACUAUCUUCUCCAACUACUCCCCCUACAACCAGCCCCAGGCUGAUGUCAAGCUCCCCACUAUCUCCAUUGCCAACGGCAGCAAGCCCGCGAGCACGGAACCCAAGGAGGGACCAUACUGGUCUGUCAUGCUUGAGGUGUCGCAAUCAUCUCUCAAGCCUGUUGAUGAGGCCAACUUGCUCAAGGACUGCAUCCAGGGCUUGGUCAACACCGACCUAAUCAAGGCUGAGGACGAGAUUGUCUCCACCUACCACCGCAAGUUCGACCACGGUUACCCCACACCCACUCUUGAGCGUGAAGGUGUCCUGAAGCAGCUUCUCCCCAAGCUCCAGGACUUGGACAUCUACUCUCGUGGCCGAUUCGGUAGCUGGCGAUACGAGGUCGGCAACCAGGACCACUCAUUUAUGUUGGGUGUAGAAGCCGCUGACCACAUCGUCAACGGCGCCGUCGAGCUUACACUCAACUACCCUGACUUUGUCAACACCCGCCAGAACACUGAGCGCCGUCUUGACCAAGGUCCUCUAGCCGCCAAGAAGUCUGGCACGGCACUACCUUCGCACCCCAAAUAAGCGAGGUAAAUGUAAUGGCAGCCCUGUGAAGCUGUGAAGAUAGCCUAUUUGCGGCCUACAUUCUUGAUUGAUGUUUUUUUUUUUUCAAAAAGAACUAGAGCUUUCUGGCAAACCGUUAUGUUGAGCAUAUGGCUGUUCAUGUUUGAUGAGUGCGACGGCAAUGGAAUGAUAGGCUAAUUCUGACUUGAUCUUACGACGAAACAAGAAAGCAUCAAAAGUCAGUGUCUUUCUACUACGGUAGGAGACUUAAUGAAUAGAAAGAAGAAUAGAUUUCUGAUUAACUUGCCGUUUUUUAAUAAUGGACCGGAUGUGAUGUUAUGUAUGAAAUGACCAAUCAACUUAUA